CAGACCUGGGAUAAAGAGUUCCAGUGUAAAGGCAAUGAGUCCCUUCUCCUGGACUGUGACACCUCAGACAGAAAAAACAACACCUGCCUACCUGGUAAUGCUGUUGGACUCACCUGCUCAGAGCCUGAUGAUGUGAGGCUGGUGGGAGGAGGCAGUCGCUGUGCUGGUGGACUGGAGCGGUACGACCAGGGAGAGUGGAGGACUGUGGGAACUGAUGACAGGAACAAGGAGGCUGUAGCUGCAGUAGUGUGUAGACAGCUGGGUUGUGGCUCCACUGUUUCAGUACUAGCUGGAAACACCACUAUGGGGUUUAAUGUUAUCUGUUAUGGGUCUGAUCCUUCACUGAGGGAGUGUAGGAGAACAAAUAAUCUCCUUCCUGGACUCACAGUGAUCUGCUCAGAUCUCCUGGUCCAGCCUGAUAUCUUCCUGACUGACUCAAUGGGAGGGGUCUCCAGGGGCCACCAGGGGCCCGAAGUGUUUAGGGGCUACAGCUUCACCAUCACCUGCUCCACUCAGCCACAGUACCCAGGAGGCUCCUUCCUCCUCACGUUCACCGGCUCCAACAGAACCCAGACCCAGCCAGCUGUCAAUCACUCUGCUGCCUUCCUCUUCCCUGCUGCAGAUGACUCCCACCAAGGGAACUACAGCUGUGUUUAUGACAAUUAUGUUUUCUCUCAUAACUUCUUCUCUGAGAGUGAGCUCCUCAACCUCACCGUCACAGCCUCUCCUCUACCAGCCUUCAUCAUCAGACACGUUGUAGUGCUGCUGAUCCUACUGACAGCCAUCACCACCAUCUACCUGUACUACAAGACCACCAGGAGGCAGAAGAGAGUGAACAGGGUGAGCAGCGUGGUUCUUUAUGUUGAUGCCAAUGCCAUGGAGAUGGUCUCUCUGAGCUCCAGAGCUGAAGCUGGACCGGGAGAGGAGAGAGCAGCCCAGGGGACUGAGUAGGAGUAGAAUGAUGCUGACCCUACAUGCUGAUCCACCAUUAUUCCUUUUAGUUCGUUUUUUGCUACCAGGGGAACAUGGGGUUUGGG